GACUUCAGUUGAUUGACAAAGAUUGGCAGGCGAACACAUCAAAAUUAUCAUCGUGUCUCAAAGAACGCAAGCAAUAUGAGGCUGACAGGCCGGGCUUUGAAACCAUUUCGAAAUUCCCGUGAGUUAAACAAAGCAUUUGGCGGCAUGUUUACGCAAUUGAGGCUCAAACAUCGGUCUGCUCAAAACCUGGAGGAGGUUGAGCAGAAACGGGAAUGUGUGGAGCCCUGCCGCCUUCCAAAAAAAUCCAUCUGGAGUGUCUUUCGGAGAACGAAAAAGCCAGCCCAGAAGAGUCUGGAGAAGGAAAAACCCCAGAAAAAAGAGUGUGAAACUGUAAAGUUUGUGACUGGUCACAUUUCACACUAGUUUGUCUUUUGUCACUUCCUACUCAAACCUCCCGAUCCCGAAUGAGUUUCACUUCUGUUCCCGGAACAUUUUAGAACUUUAUGAAAAAUGAACAGUUUGGCAUGCAAACGAAUAGGAAAAUAAGUGAAACUACUUUUCGCAACAUCCAACGACCAGUAACUGAAGAACAAGCAAAGCGGGACUUAAGCGCAAUUUCCCAAAUGGGAGGAACUGUUUAUCGAACUUGCGGAACGGCCUACGUUCUGCAAAAAGAGCACUACCAGCAACCAUCUGAGCCCAAAGUCAGCUCUGAAGAAAAAAUUUUACAGGAAAUGUUGAAGGAUCCCACCCUAAAGGGCCAGAAAGACCCGAUGCCACCCUUCCAGUCUGUCGAGUUAAAGCUGAUAGAGCUGAACGAGAGAAAAUUGCACCCGCUGUAUAAAAAACUGAUGUCGAUUCCCAAAAAACCCAGCUCUAAAGCGCUAAACUCCAAAGCUCCAGGUUUAUAUUACAAGACAAGAAGUGGUCCAGUGAUGCCUGAGGAGUUUCCACCACACUUGAAAAUUAAUAAGGAACUUUUUGAGAAAAAGAACAUUUUCUACGACGGCAAAAGAGCGCUAGUGCCUCAGCAGAUGCUGGCCAGGAUGGUGGAAAUGAAGCAAAAUGAAAGACCACAGUUAAAAUUGCAAGUUCCAGAAAAACCCGACUGUUCUGAAAAAUAAACUUCCAAAUAAUUGAUUUCAAGCUGUAACCUCAGCUCUCAAUAAAGAGUUACUUUUGGUUACGAA